CUAAGGACAGGACACUGCAGUCGUCAUCCUGUCCAGAGCCGGGGCCGGCAUGCUUCUCGAACAGGCUAUGAAGGGGGAAUAAACACAAAUAUAUAUUGAUGCCAGUCAGGUGUACACAGUACGUACCCAGAAACUUACAAUUAAUUUACACCUCGACAGACACGUACCGAAGCCCCUGGGUCAACAGAUUUUCGAGAGCGUCACCAGCUGAGUGUCGCCAGACGAAGGAAACAGAAGUCGUACGCUGUAACUAAUUAUAGGCCGAGAGAACCCGACAGGAUUGUGGUACCACAGUUGGGAGUGUUUCUCUGCAUGUUGGUACUCCAAACCUAUUGGCGAAGGGCAGAGACAGAACUUUUAGUAAGCAGUCUCCUUACUAUGGCCACCAAAUCCGACGCGGGGAUUGGUCAGGCCGACCCAACAGUUGGCCCCUUAUCACAGCAUUAUUAUUGUCAAGUCUGCCGCAGUGCUUAUCUCCACGGCAUGAUCAAUUUGACUACUAUUAUUAUAAGUAGCACCUCCAGCGUCCUGAUUGACGGACAACACCUUCAGUUGAGCCAUUUACCGAUCGACCAGAGUACUGGAACUGAUAAGGAGUCGAUUCGAUAGCAGCGGGCUUCUCCAGCUGAAGUCAGCCAGCCAGCCGCCUUUGCUCAGAUAGCACCAAUGUACCGAUGUGUUGGCCCAUACAGUACAUGUACAGCUAAAAACCAGGUACCGGUUUUAGGUGGGCAGUGUGCAGGCCAAAGCAUCAGCAAGUAUUCGUCAUGUUCGUUACGCCACCGUCCCAUAUCCCCGGGCCCAGAAGGUAGGGGUCGGCGGUGAUGCUGGUGAUGAUGACUGUCUAUCUGUUGAAUUUACAUAUCUUUAAGUCCUGGCCCCUGCCUUGGUUGCGUUCUUUUUAUCUGCUGGAAAUGGCCGUGAACUUUCUCCGUCUUUGCGUCUACUAGUUUCCUUUGAUCUCCUUGUCUCCCUUCCCUCUUUCUCUCCCGUUCUCGUCGGUGUUUGUUCUUGGUUUAUUCCCAAUCGUCCAAGUUGCAUCAUCUGCAACCGGUUCGCAGAUAUGGCUACUCGCCGACUCUCCUCGCUCGUCUCUGGCGGUGGGGGCGGUAAUCAAGACUUCAAUGACUCGUCUUCGGCGAACGAGGCGCAAUUGGCCAAAAUGGGCUAUGAGCAGGAACUCAAGCGCUCUUUCGGGCUGCUGGGCAUGAUUGGCUUCAGCUUCUCCAUCGUGACGUGCUGGACCGCCCUGGGCGGCACGUUGAUCGUAGGCAUUGACGCCGGCGGACCUCCCGUCAUGGUGUGGUCCUGGGUCGGCAUCUGUCUUCUGUCGCUUUGCGUGGCCUACUCGUUCGCUGAAAUGUGUUCGGCCUAUCCGACCGCGGGAGGGCAAUACUCUUGGGUAGCCAUCCUCGCGCCGCCGAAAUAUGCUCGUGGCGCGGCUUGGGUUACUGGCUGGUUCAUGUGUACGGGCAUUGUGGCCAUGGGGGCAGUCAAUAACUUUAUUUGCUCCAACUUCAUCCUCGGCAUGGCCAACCUCAAUAACCCAAACUACACCAUCGAGCGCUGGCACUGUGUGUUGGUCACCUACUUGGUUGCCAUAUGCGCCGCAUUGGUCAACAUUUUGUUUUCUCGCUACCUCAACCAGAUCUCCACGUUCGCCGUGUGUUGGAACAUCUUGAGCUUUUUCGUCGUCAUCAUUACUAUCCUCGCCGCCAAUGACCACAAGCAACCUGCCAGCUUUGUCUUCUCAGACUUUCAGAACAAUACUGGGUUUGAGUCUGCCGGGAUGGGCGUCAUGAUUGGGUUGUUGCAGACGUUAUUUGGCAUGUGUUGUUAUGAUGCGCCGAGUCAUUUGAUAGAAGAGAUGGUCCUCCCAACGCGAGACGCGCCGCGAGCGAUCAUUGCGUCCGUCUACCUCGGAGCCGUGACCGGGUUCAUAUUCCUAAUCUCAGCAUUCUUCUGCAUCGGCGAUCUGGAAGCGACAGCGUCCACAGCCACAGGAGUUCCAUUGAUUCAAAUCUUUUACGACAGCACGGGCAGCGUUCGCGGGGCCACGACACUGUCAUGCAUGAUUACCAUCAUUGUACUCAUCUGCUCCAACAGCCUGAUCGCCGAGGGCAGUCGAGCACUAUGGGCAUUUGCACGGGACCACGGCCUACCCUUCUCACGGACGUUCGCCAAGGUCAACAAACGGUCUCAGGUGCCCGUGUACGCGAUCCUGCUGUGUUUGGUGAUCCAGAUGGGCUUGAACAGCAUCUAUUUUGCCAGCUACGAAGGGUUCUCCACCGUCAUUUCCAUCGCCACAUUUGGAUUCUAUGUCUCGUACGCCAUGCCGCUGUUGGUCAGGUUGUGGAGUCUGGUCGCAGGCUACGAGCAUGCAAAAGUCAUUCCGGGCAGGUAUACCCUGGGCCGUACGCUGAGUCCGAUCGCCAAUGCUGUGGGCUUGGUGUUUCUGUUGUUUGCCGGCGUCGACUUUAAUUUUCCCCAGGAAGGGCCCGUGUCGCCGGAUAAUAUGAAUUAUUGUAGUGCUGCCUUUGGCGUCAUCGGUGCAAUCAGUCUGGCGACCUGGGUGUUGGACGGGAGGAAGAAUUUCACGGGGCCCAAGACGGAAAGAUUAGAGGGUGUGCCUGCCGCUGCUGCUGCUGCUGCUGCUGACUCUUCUAUGAAGAUGACGGCUAAGGCCGGUGCUGCUACUGCUGCUGGUGGUCCUGUUGGCGAGCAUAAGGAUGGCUCAAUAAUGGGGAGUAGUGAUGAUGUGGGUGUCUUCGAAGGCCGAGGUACAAGUUUGGAUGGAAGUCAGCAUGGCGAUUACGACGAGGAGAAGCGAGCUGCUGCUGCAGAUGAUGCUCGUAAAAUGGCAUGAACGGAAAGUCCAAGGGCGUAAAGGAGGCUCGAACAAAAAGACGAUCGAAAAAUUUGCUCACCUCGUUCUACAGCAUAUUUUCUUCGGUUAGAAGAUUCAAGGUAAAACUGACAGUGACAGGAAUUUCGUGGUCGCUAUACAUGUAUACUAUAUGUUUAUCUAUUUAGCUCGUUCAAAGUCCUGGUACUGCUCUGGAUUGUGAUCAGGUCAGGAUAUUGUUUGCCCAUUCAUCAAGAAAAACGACGAGGAGUUGGGACGGGUCAGAUCGAUUUAGCCGACUGAACCCGAGGAGUAGUCCAAGACGUCUCUUAGAUGGGUUGAACAUCAUUUACAGGUGUA